AUGGAAUUUACAAUUACAAAAGUUGACACAGUCCCAUACGAAGAUCAGAAGCCUGGAACUUCGGGUCUUCGGAAACGUACCAAAGUUUUUCAGGAAAAGAAUUACACUGAGAACUUUCUCCAGUCUAUUUUUUCUGCAAUGCCUGGCGGGCCAUCUGGAAAGACCCUUGUUGUUGGAGGUGAUGGACGAUAUUAUAACGAUCAUUUUCUCAACUUGAUUGCGAAGAUAGGUGCAGCUAAUGGUAUUAAGAAGUUGGUCAUCGGUCACAAUGGUUUGUUGUCCACACCUGCAACGUCACAUUUGAUUCGUUUGUACAAUGAGCAAGGUAAGACUGUUGAUGGAGGUAUUAUUCUUACUGCUUCCCAUAAUCCAGGUGGAUCCGAUAAGGAUUGCGGUAUUAAAUACAAUCUAUCUAAUGGUGGCCCAGCACCUGAGCCUGUGACAAAUAAGAUUUGGGAGAUUUCCAAGAAACUUUCCUCAUAUAGUAUCAUCAAAAAUUUGCCCGAUCUUGAUCUGUCCAAUGUCGGCACGAAGUUGUAUGGCUCGUUGGUGGUUGAAGUUGUUGAUUCGACAGCCGAAUACGUCAAGAUGUUAAAGCAGAUAUUUGAUUUUGAUUUGAUUAAGCGUUUUAUAAAAGAACGUCUACCGAAGGGCUUUACGUUUGUGUUUGACGGUCUUAAUGGUGUUACGGGUAUCUAUGGAAAAGCAAUUUUCGUUGAUGAGCUAGGCUUGCCUGAUACAUGGAUCCAAAAUUGUGUUCCAUUACCUGAUUUUGGCGGAAAGCAUCCGGAUCCAAACUUGACUUAUGCUCGUUCGCUUGUUGAUCGUGUGGACCAAGAUAAUAUCUCUUUUGGUUGUGCAUCCGAUGGUGAUGGAGACAGAAAUAUGAUUUAUGGCGCCAAUGCAUUUGUUUCGCCUGGUGAUUCCGUUGCUAUUAUCGCAGAGCAUGCUGCUGACUGCAUUCCAUACUUUAAGAAGACUGGUAUUAGGGGCUUAGCUAGAUCAAUGCCAACUUCCGGUGCGAUUGAUCUUGUUGCUGAGGACAAGCACUUAAACUUUUAUGAAGUUCCGACUGGAUGGAAGUUUUUCUGUGCACUAUUUGAUGCAAAGAAGUUGUCUAUCUGUGGAGAAGAGUCUUUUGGUACUGGAUCAGAUCAUAUCAGAGAGAAAGAUGGUUUGUGGGCAAUAAUGGCAUGGUGGAAUCUUUUAGCAUACUUCUCGGAAACAAAUCCUGAUGUCGAACCAACUAUUGCUAACGUUCAGCAUGCUUUCUGGAAGAAAUAUGGAAGAACGUUUUUUACCAGAUACGACUUUGAAGGACUUUCGAAGGAGGCCGGGGAAAGUGUCAUGAAUGCUCUCGGCUCUAAAAUUUCUGAUUCUGGAUUCAUUGGAAGUUCGAUAGGAUCGGCUAAAGUUACAAAUGCAUCGGACUUUUCUUACACCGAUCUUGAUGGUUCUGUCUCGGACCAUCAAGGUCUUGUUGUCAAGCUUGACUCUGGUGCACGUUUUGUUCUCAGAUUAUCUGGAACAGGAUCAGCCGGUGCAACUAUUAGACUCUACUUAGAAAAGCAUGCAGCUGAUACUUCAGAUGCUGUCUUGGAUACCCCGACCGCAAAAUAUCUUGGAAAGACAAUGCGGGAAGUUUUGCAGUUUUUGCAACUCAAAAAGUUGAUCAACACAGAAACCCCAACAGUGAUCACUUGA